AUGGGGAGGUUUGUGCUCCACGACUUCGGCGGCCAGGCGCUCGCGGCCAGGGUGGUGGUCCUCCGGGACGGUCCUCCAGGGGGGAUGAGCUUGGAGGGCCACAUUGCGGGGCACAACAAGGAGAAGCGUUAUGAGUGUGAAGUAUGUGGCAAGGCCUGGCAGUACCCGAGCUAUCUGGAGAUCCACCGGCGGGUUCACACAGGAGAACGCCCCUUCGACUGCUCGGAGUGCGGCAAGAACUUCGCCAGCUACAACAAACUGCUGCAGCACAACCGCGUGCACUCCGGGAAGAGGCCCUUCGCUUGCUCGGACUGCGGCAAAGACUUCAAGACGGCGCAACACCUGAAGAUGCACCGGCAGGUGCACACGGGCGAGAAGCCCUAUGGCUGCUCCACCUGCGGCAAGAGCUUUGCCCGGAUGUCGGGGCUGCGGGAUCACAGGCAGGUGCACAGCAGUGAGCGGCCCUUCACCUGCUCCAACUGCGGCAAAGGCUUCAAGUCGUCGCAGGACCUGAAGGUGCACAGGCGUGUACACACCGGGGAGCGGCCCUACACCUGCAGCGACUGCGGCAAGGACUUCUCCCGCUACAGCAACCUGCUGAAGCACCAGCGCAUCCACACCGGCGAGCGCCCCUACACCUGCGCCCAGUGCGGCAAGGGCUUCACCCAGUCACAUCAUCUGCUGGAGCACCAGCGCAUUCACACCGGGGAGCGGCCCUACACCUGCAACGACUGUGGCAAGAGCUUCGCCAGUUCCGUCAGCCUGCUGGAGCACCAGCGUACCCACAUAGGCGAGCGUCCCUACACCUGUGCCCAGUGCGGCAAGAGAUUCAACUGCUCCAAAAACCUGCUAUCGCACCAGCGCAUCCACACCGGCGAGCGCCCCUACACCUGCAGCCAGAGCGGCAAGGGCUUUACCCAGUCCAGCACCCUGCUUGUGAACCAGCGCAUCCACACUGGCGAGCGCCCCUUCACCUGCGCCCAGUGCGGCAAGGGCUUCAUCUGCUCCUCUGGGCUGCGCUUCCACCAGCGGGUGCACACCGGCGACCGUCCCUUCCCCAGCUCAAUGUGUGGAAAGGGCUUUGCCAUGGCCUCCCACGCCCUGUCUCACCAGCACGUGCACAUCAGUGGACAGCCCUAUGACUGUCCGUACUGUGGUGAGUCGUUUGACAGCUCGCGGGGGUUGCGGCAGCACCAGCGGACGCACGCCGGCGAGCCGCUGCUCCCACUGCGGGAAGCGUUACAAGAGAGCACGGGGGCUGUGGGAGCACCAGCGGAUACACACCAGAGAGAGACCCUUUGUGUGGGUCUGAACGGCGCAAUCAGUCCAAGAGUCGUCCAGACCAGGAUCAACAACGGGCAUGACGUGCACAUUGCGCAGUUACACAGUAUGAAAGUGCCCGUGAUACUAAAGAGUAAAACAAUGGAUUUCCUGCGGUUCUCCAUCUCCGGGUCCUUCUCUUCGUUGCUGCGGCCCCGGAGACCCCUGCGGACUCUGCUGGCCGCUACAAUCCGCCUGACCGUCAGCACAUUGAGCAGAAGAAUCAGAAAGAACGGGAUACAAGGGACUAGAACGCGGUGUGUGACAUCAUAUGCGACCCAUGCAGACGACGCGCCAGAGAUCCUGAAGGUGCAGGAAGCUGUGCCAGGCCGUUUGCCCUCUCUGGCCAUGAGCCUGAAUGGAGGGCCGCUAUAUUGCAUUACCGUAUACGCCCCCAGCACCGGCAUUAUACAGGCCUGCCUACUUCAGGAGGAGACUGUUCCGAUGAGCACUAUAGAUUGCGAAGAGUGUGUUUGCCGUGGAGGGGAUUUCCAUUGCACCUUUGAGAUGCGAGAUCGCUCUGGUACUCAGUGUGCUCCUGCAGUUAAUAACCGGCUGCUGAAGCAUCGCCGAUUCCAGGAGUCAUUCAGUCGGUUUGUGGUCAAGUUGAGCGGGACUUCAGGAGUGAGCGGAACAUCCGAAGUGAGCGGGACUUCCGGAGUGAGCGGCACCUUUGGAUCAAGCAGAGUGCAGGGCGAACAACUGAAUCCAAUGCAUUUCACGCCAAGCACACCAUCGGAAAAAUCCUUGGGUCUGCUGGAGCGGAGGAGGACUGCCGCCCGGCGGGCGCGCGCGGUGUUGCUGGUCCUCCGGGCCGGUCCUCCAGGCGGGCGCGGGCGCGGUGUUGCUGGUCCUCCGGGCCGGUCCUCCGGGCCGGUCCUCCGGGCCGGUCCUCCGGGCCGGUCCUCCGGGCCGGUCCUCCAGGCGGGCGCGGUGUUGCUGGUCCUCCGGGCCGGUCCUCCAGGCGGGAAGGAAAAGCGUUAUGAGUGUGACGUGUGCGGCAAGGCCUGGCAGUGCCCGAGCCAGCUGGAGAUCCACCAGCGGGUUCACACGGGAGAACGCCCCUUCGACUGCUCGGAGUGCGGCAAGAACUUCACCCGCUAUGACAAACUUCUGCGGCACAACCGUGUGCACUCCGGCGAGAGGCCCUUCUCCUGCUCUGACUGCGGCAAGAGCUUCAAGACAGCGCAACACCUGAAGGUGCACCAGCGAGUGCACACGGGCGAGAAGCCCUAUGGCUGCUCCACCUGCGGCAAGAGCUUUACCUGGUUGUCGGGGCUGCGGGUGCACCAGCAGGUGCACAGCAGUGAGCGGCCCUUCACCUGCACUGACUGCGGCAAAGGCUUCAAGUCGGCACCGGACCUGAAGCAGCACAGGCACCUGCACACCGGGGAGCGGCCCUACACCUGCGUCCAGUGCGGCAAGGGCUUCACCCAGUCCCACAGCCUGUUGUCCCACCAACGCACACACUCCGGCGAGCGGCCCUACACUUGCGCCCAGUGCAGCAAGGGCUUCACCCAGUCCGCCGGGCUGCUGUCGCACCAGUGCACCCACACCGAGGAGCGCCCCUACACCUGCAGCGACUGUGGCAAAGGCUUCACCCGCUCCGACAGCCUGCUGGAGCACCAGCGCACCCACACCGGCGAGCGCCCCUACACCUGCGCCCAGUGUGGCAAGGGCUUCACCCAGUCCCACAGCCUGCUGGACCACCAGCGCACCCACACCGGCGAGCGCCCCUACACCUGUGCCCAGUGCGGCAAGGGAUUCACCCAGUCCUAUAGCCUGCUGAUGCACCAGCGGAUCCACACCGGCGAGCGCCCCUACACCUGCGUCCAGUGUGGCAAGGGCUUCACCUGCUCCACCAGGCUGCUGUCCCACCAGCGGGUGCACGCCGGCGACCGUCCCGUCCCCAGCCCGGUGUGUGGAUAGUGCUUUGCCAUGGCCUCGCACACCCUGUCUCACUAGCAUGUGCAAACCAGUAGCCAGCCCUAAGAUUGCGCGGACUGUGGUGAGGCGUUUGACAGCACACGGCGGUUGCGGCAGCACCGGCAGACCCACGCCGGCGUGCAGCUGCUCCCACUGUGACAGAGCAUGGGGGUUGCGGGAGCAGCAGCGGUUACACUCCAGAGAGAGACCCUUUGUGUGCGCAGGCUGCGGGAGCAGCAGCGGAUACACACCAGAGAGAGAUCCUUUGUGUGCGCUGAGUGUGGCAAGGGUUUCACCCGCAUGCCCAGCCUGUGGUAGCACCAGCGUACCCACUAGGGUGAGCAUCCCUUCCCCUGCCCAUCCUGUGGUAAGGGCUUCAUCCGCCUUGGCCACCUGCUGGAGCACUGGCGAGUCCACACCGGCCAGCGCCCCUUCACCUACCCGCUCUGUGGCAAGGCCUUUGCCCGCUCC